UUCAAUUUCCAGCCAAUCACAUCGCGGGGGCGGGACUAAGUGUCAGCUAGUUUUGCUGGUUGUUUUAAGGAAGCAGCUUCCAAUUUUCCACUCCGAGCCAAGACGAAGAGUCAACAUGUCAGGUGACAUUGCAGGAAGCGCGUCCACAGCCACUGACAGUGUGGCGUCUGCAGAGAGUUUAACGGAGACGGAUGGUUUCUUCAGAAGCAGCCCCGUCGUUUUGGAUCCUGCGGAGGAAUACAGGAUGACCAGAAAGCGGCGAGGCGUCGCUCUCAUCUUCAACCAGGAGCGUUUCUUCUGGCGCCUGGGCCUGAACACCAGAAACGGGACGAACGCCGACCGCCACAACUUAGAGAGGAGACUGCUGGAGCUGAACUUUGAUGUCAGGAGUUAUGACGACUACAAACUGGUGGACGUCCUGGAAAAAAUCCAUGAAGCUGCCGAAGACGAUCAUUCAGACGCCGACUGCUUCCUGCUCGCCUUCCUUAGCCACGGCGAGAACGAUCACGUCUACGCAUACGACGGCAAGAUCAGCAUCCAGGACAUCACCGCCAUGUUCAAAGGAGACAAGUGCCAGAGCCUCGUCGGAAAACCCAAGAUCUUUGUUGUGCAGGCUUGCCGUGGGGAACAGCAUGACGUUCCCGUGACGCCCUGCGACGCCGUGGACAACGACGUGAAGACAAAUGAGACGGUGGUGGACGCCUGCGCCAUCCACACCCUUCCUGCCGGCGCCGAUUUCAUCAUGUGUUACUCUGUUGCUGAAGGUUACUACUCCCACAGGGAGACCAUCAACGGCUCGUGGUACAUCCAGGAUCUGUGUGAGUUACUCCAGAUGUACGGCGGCUCGCUGGAGUUCACGCAGCUGCUCACGUUGGUCAACAGAAUGGUCUCGAUGCGCCGAGUCGGGAACUGCAAUGACCGCAGCGCAAUUGGCAAAAAACAGGUACCGUGCUUCGCUUCGAUGCUCACCAAGAAGCUCUACUUCCGGCCGAAGAAGUGAUCAACGGUUCGAUUGGUUGGUUUAAAUCUCAGCUGGUACGGCUGAUCCACUCCACAAAGAUGAGAAAAAGAUCUAGUUGUUUUGUUUCUUUUUAUAUGUUGAAAACAAUCCUGGCAGAUAAUUUGCACAGAGAAGCCUUCUGCUCAUAAAUCACUGUAUCUGAUAAAGUUGAACCUAUCAGGAAGUUUUUAAUCUUA